GAGGAGAAUGAGAAGAAGAAGGAGAUGGAAGCGGAGGCAGGUUCCUCAGACAGUGCGAUGCGACGAAGGAAAGGCCCUUUUAAACACAUCAAGUUUGGCACCAACAUCGAGCUCUCUGAUGAAAAGAAAUGGAAACUGCAGCUGCAGGAGCUGGCUAAGCUGCCAGCUUUUGCCCGGGUGGUGUCAGCCGGUAACCUGCUCAGCCAUGUAGGACACACCAUACUGGGCAUGAACACUGUGCAGCUCUACAUGAAGGUACCGGGGAGCAGGACGCCAGGUCAUCAGGAAAACAACAACUUCUGUUCAGUCAACAUCAACAUCGGCCCUGGCGACUGUGAGUGGUUUGCGGUGCCUGAGCUGUACUGGGGCGUCAUCAAUGACUUCUGUGAAAAGAACAACAUCAACUUCCUGAUGGGUUCCUGGUGGCCCAACCUGGAGGAC